AUGCACCCGCAACUUGGAAAUGUCGGCAUUGUCGAUCUGCUUGAGGCUGACCCACGACCGACCUUCAUCACGACGACGACGACGAGACAGGACUCCCUCAUUGCCUACUAUAAUCCCGCCCUGGCGGCCUGUGAUGAUCUAGUAGACCUGCUAGAGGACUCGCGUGCCCAACACGCCGCUCUCUGGGAGUGGAUCACGGCCUCGAGCUCCUCCUCCUCCGAAUCCCCCGACUCCUCCUUCUACUAUCUCAACGCCCAGUGGAGCAAGUGUCUAGUCCAGCAGAGAUGGCUUGUCGUCGGUGCCAACGAGCAGCCCGAGUUGGCCGACCGCCCUCGCAAGGUAAGGCUCGAUUCGCAGAAGGGCAGCUUCGGGGUCUCUGGCAGUGCCAACAAGGUGGCCUCGUCCUCCUCCUCCUCGACCUCGACCUCGUCCGCGCCCAUGUCCGCAUCCGACCCCACAAGACGCCCCGAACGCACCCCUCGGCCCUUAUCAAUUCCUAUCACGGAUGUCGGGCAACCUGCGAGCGCAUCAUCGCCGCUGAGGAUGUCAAUUGAGCCAGAUUUGGUCCUACCGGAGUUGAUACAUGAUCAGGAGCCCUAUCUGAAUGUCAUCGCCAGCCUCGACUGGGCUUCUACCCCUCUUGGCCCGCCGGGAACCUGGCCCCCGCUUCUCAAGCAGACCUUCAACCAGAUCCUUGCGGACUCCCGACCCAUUACGAUAUACUGGGGUGAUCAGUACACCCUCAUCUACAACGAGGCGUUCAGCAAGCUGUGCGGUUCCCAACAUCCAGGCCUUUUGGGCAAGUCGGUCGAGGCUGCUUGGCCCGGUGUCGGCAACCAGCUCAAGGACAUCAUGAUCACAACUAGCCAGAAGCGCAAGGCCGUUGUAGACGACGAGUGGAAAUCUUUCAUACUGAAGAGUGACGACGCGCCCGAGGAGCUUUACCUCAAGUGGUCGAUAGUGCCUAUCAUGGGCCAGGAUCAGGACCGGGUUGUGGGCUUUCUGCAUCCUAUUCUCGACACGACGUCGGUGCGCCUGUGGGAGAGGCGCAUGAAGAUGCUGGUCGACCUCGGAGACGCCCUUGUCACGGCGAGGGCCGUGUCAUCCUUCUGGGCCAAACUGAUCGAGGCCCUUGACGCAGUUUCACCUCAAUAUGAUGUUCCUUUGGCUGCCGUCUACAGCGUCCACGAGGGGUCGCAGUCUCUAGCAGGUGCGCUCUCGACUCCGCCCAAGUUAUUCCGCUUCGAGGGGGGGCUCGGCGUUCCUCCUGGGCACACCCUCGCAUCCAGCGCUAUCUCUCUCGAGGAUGGCAGCGACGAGCUGGCACACCUCUUCCGAGAAGCUUCCUUGCGGCCGUAUCCACUUGUCCUGCAGAGUAAGGACGGGUCGCUACCCCAGUCUCUCAUCUCUGGACUCGAAUGGAGAGGAUUUGGCGACGCUUGCCGGAGUGUAGUGCUCUGCCCGAUCCGGCCGACGCAGGAAGAAAACGCCAUGGGCUUCCUUCUCCUCGGCCUGAACCCGAGAAGACCCUACGACAACGAUUACCGCCAAUUCAUAUCACUAAUGAGCCAGAAGCUCGCCAACUCGCUGGCAUCGACGAUCCUGAUCGAGGAGGAGGCCCGAAGGGGGAGGAACGCGAUCCAGGAGGCAGCCUUCGAGCAGGCACAGCUGGAGGCCAAGCUGGCCGACCGCACACGAGAGGCAACCGAGUCCAUGAAGAAGUUUGAAGCCAUCACGGAUUUUAUACCGAUCGGCAUGGCGUUCCAGAAUGCUCAAGGAGUGCUGACCUACGCGAACGAUGCUUGGCACCGCAUCACGGGGAACCCAAUGCGAGAGACUGGCCCUUCGAUCGCGUUGAGAGAUAUCUUGUCAUACAUUGUCCAAGAGGAUCGACCUGGCGUUAUGCGGGCCUAUGACCGGCUUCGUUACGAAGACAAUGUCACCUACGAGUGCCGACUGAUCCGCCGUGAGACUAUCAACUCACCACCUCCCCCCAUGAGAGAGUCGCCGAGCUUCGAAAAGGCGGGCGUGGAACUUCAAGGGAUCGAUGACCACGCCACCGAGCGUCACAUCUUUGCGGCUGUAAGGGCCGAACGCGCUCCAGAUGGGACGGUGCGCCAGAUAUUGACCUGUCUGACCGAUGUGACACUCCACAAACAGACGGCGGAGGAGGCGAUUAGGCGGGCGCAGCAGGCGGAGAACUUGAAGCGCAUGGCAGAACUGGCGACGGUCGGCAUGUACGAGAUCGAUCCCGAGGGCAAGCUUGUCGAGGCCAACAAUGUCUUCUUCGAGAUGUGCGGCCUGGAUAAGGACAAGUUCGAACCGAAGGAAAAUAUGGUGAAGCCAUGGCAUAUUUGUGUCAGCGACGAGGACGUCCCGGUUCUCGAGAGCGCCUUGAACAAGGUCGUCCGCGAGGGCGUCCCGCAGACUUGCGAGGUCCGACUGAGACUGCCUUGGAAAGUGGUCGACAGUCACGACACCGAGAUCAUCGCACCUCGAUGGGUGCACAGCACCUUCAUGCCGGUAAAGAGCUCAGACGGGAUGACUCAGUCAGUCUGCGGAUGUGUGAGCGACGUCUCGUUACAGAAAUGGCAGCUGGAACGUGAGAGGCUUCGAAAGGAAGAGGCCCUCGAGUCAAAACGACAGCAGGAGAACUUUAUCGACAUGACCUCCCACGAGAUGCGCAAUCCUCUUAGCGCGAUCAUCCACUGCGCUGAUGCUGUCAUUGCGUCGCUGUCGAAGGCGCUCGACAUCACGCAGCCCAACAAGAGUCUUAGUAGGCAGUCUCCGAUGACCCACAACGGGAUGCUUGGUGGCAACGUCCGACCAGAAGACCAAGUCCUCAUGGAGAGCAGUGUCGAGAACGCUGAGACGAUCAUAGCAUGCGCACAGCACCAGAAAAGAAUAGUCGACGACAUACUCACAAUGUCCAAGCUCGAUUCGAAGCUCCUAGCUGUGACCCCGAUCACCGUCGACCCUAUACAAAUCUCUCAAGAGGCGCUGAAGAUGUUUGAGGUAGAGGCACGAAGAGUGGACAUAGACCUGCAGAUGAAAGUCGACCAGUCUUACGAAGAUCUCGGCCUGGAAUAUCUCGACCUUGACCCGUCUCGCCUGAAACAAGUCUUGAUCAAUCUCCUCACCAACGCAUUGAAGUUUACCAAAUCUGGUCCAACCCGCUCUGUGACGAUCACCAUCAGCGCGUCAGAUAUGAAACCAACCGACUCAAGUUGCUCGGUCCAGUUCAUACCGCCGUUGCAAGGGAGUGAAUACCAGCAGCCUUUCCCCGCGAAAAGUGGUAACCCAAUAUAUCUCACCAUUGAGGUCAAAGACACCGGUCAGGGCCUGACUGAGGAAGAGAUGAAGACAUUGUUCCAGCGCUUUAAACAGGCAUCGGCUAGGACCCAUGUCAAGUAUGGAGGUUCUGGGCUCGGCCUCUUCAUCAGCAGGAGACUCUGUGAGAUGCAUAAUGGCGCCAUUGGCGUCGCAUCAGAACCGGGGGUUGGGUCCGUUUUUGCCUUCUACGUCGAGACGUACCGGCCAAGCGAAGCGGCCCUGAAGGAAGCAAAAGCCACAGCACGAACAGCCCUGCAGGCGAACAGCCUUCCCAUAACGAAGAGGGCAGAGUCUUUGCAGAUCGGCUCGGUAGAGGUGCCGCUGAGUAGCACACCAAAUAAGAGUCUGGAUCAAACGGCCUCCUCGCCUGACGUGGACACGGAGAUGACGAUCGAACCGCCCAAGAUUGAGGGCGUUCUUGUGGUCGAGGACAACAUGAUCAACCAGCAGCUCACCAGACGCGGUCUGGCGGAUCGUGGUUUCACCGUGGACGUUGCCAAUCAUGGUCUGGAGGCGUUGGAGAAGAUUCGUGCCUCGGACCGGUGGCUAGGGGAUUUCCCCCUCAGCCUGAUCCUAAUGGACGUGGAGAUGCCCAUCCAGGACGGCCUCACCUGUACACAGCAGAUCCGCGAGCUCGAGCGCCAGGGCAAAAUCCUCGGCGGCCAUAUCCCCAUCAUUGCGGCCACUGCCAACGCGCGCCUGGAGCAGAUUCUGGAAGCCAAAGCUGCGGGCUGUGACGACGUCAUUAUCAAGCCGUACCGUAUGCCGGAGCUGAUCGAGAAGAUGCGCGUGGUCGCCAUGCAGGUCGAACAGAAGAAGCGUGCGGCCGAGACCCCGACUGCCGCUGGGGCCUCCUCUGCCGCGGUGGAGGCCGUCCAGAUGGAGAUGGUGGAUGCUCAAAAGAGUCACGGACGGGCCCCGUCCGACCCGCGGCAUUGACUACAUGAACGGAAAAAUGGACGAGAAAAAGAAAUAGAGAGGCCAGUCGAGAGAAAAAGGAAGAGGAAGUCGCAGCAUUGUAUAGUUUCUUAGGGAUUGGGUCACAAGGAGUAGUAGGCGUUCUUUUUAGCACGGGAAGUAGCAUGUUACAAAGAGGUUGCGUGGCAUUUAUGUGGCACAAGAAGGCAUUGCCUGACGCAGCGGAGACGGAAGGAUGUCACAGAUCCUCGCCGACAGUCUCAGUGCCGGUCAGUCGGUGGUAUCCAUGAGGGAGAGGAGAGAGGUUGGUUAUCACAUCACAUCAUACGGUAGCACUGAUCACUUACGGCAUGGCAUCGGAGCAGGAGAACCGGUUGAAAAGAGAUGAGUGGGUGUGGGGUAGAGCUUGGUUCCCAUCUCCCUCCUUCUUACUUGCCUCGAGCAUCCUUGAGAGGAAUCUCUUUCUCUCUAUCUUCUUCGGUCUUCUGGGAUGUGUCACUAGACUUGAUGUUUUGUUGUUUUGAGACAUGAGGAAUGGAAUGAUACCCCCUUUUUUGGGCCAGCUC